AUGUAUAGUUCCAAAAUAGCUAGUAUUGCUUCCUUUAUUUCAUUCACCUCUGCUAUCACCGUCUCAUACAGUGGAUUCUAUGAUGACGAUACUGCCUCCGUCACUGAGCUCGCGUGCUGGAAAGGUGGCCGAAUAGUUGAAGGUCAAGACUGGGCAAAACUAGGCGAAGUCACGUAUCAGAUAGCGGGAUAUGAAGGUGUCAAUGGUCCGGGCUCUCCACUCUGCGGCUCUUGCUGGUCGCUCAGCUAUGGAGAUACCAGUCGAUCGGUUCUCGUUCUCAAUAGCGCCCAAGCUGGGUCUGGAUUUGAGACUUCAUUUACGGUUAUGAACUCUCUCACCGGUGGUAAGGCUGAACAGCUUGGUCGCGAGAAUAUCACUGCGUACCAGACGGAGCUUUUGGACUGUGGCGUUGCGACUGAGCCAACGGAGGAGGAGCGCAAGAUGGUUGUUGGCGGUAACUGGUACUCCAACUGGUUUUAUGAUAAUUUCACUUGA